GACAGAAAAUCAUAAUUUUUUUUAAUCUACCAAUCAACUAUUCUCGUUGAUAAACAAAAAUGAAGCUUUUAACGCAUAAUAUGUUGACUUCAAAAUGCUUGAAAGGUGUAACUGUUGGAUAUCCUUUGGGAAUUAUUGCAAAAGAUAUUAAAGUAUCGGAGGUGGAUUUCAAUUCAGAAUUUAUUGCAAGAAUAAUUCCAAAACUUGAUUGGGCCACGCUUUGGAAAGCCGCGGAUAGUAUAGGUCAUGUUGGAGAGUUGCCACAAACUUUAAUUCAAGACUUCGAAACAAAUGAAGAAUUUUUGAAGAAAGUGCACCAUGUACUGCUUGAAGUUGAAGUUAUUAAUGGAGAUCUAUUAUGUCCAGAAUCUGGUAGAAAAUUUCCUAUUAACGAUGGUAUACCAAAUAUGCUCUUAAACGAAGAUGAAGUUUAGACGUCAAAAUUACAGAAAAGCAGCUUAAAUGCUAAUACACACUAUCUAUUUCUUUCAUAUAAUUAGAAGACGUUUACAUGUAUAUAAGAAAUUUGUUUUUCUUCCAGUAUGUACAAAUUUGAUUUUAUACUUCUAUUAUCAUUUAGUGUAAAGUAGUGUAACAUAGAAUAAUUAUCAUUUAAAAGUACACUAUAUAAUAGGUAUAAUAAAAUAAGUAUGUUAAAUUGACGAAAUUGCAUUUUUUAAUAUUAUAG